AUGGAGCGGGGUCCCGAGGGGCUCAGCGCCAGGGGUGGGGGGGAUGUCCCCAUCCUCACUGCCGCCCGCUCCCCCUGCAGCAAGGCGGAGGCGGAGGCCAUCGAGAAGGAGCUGCUGGAGGAUUACCGGUUUGGGCGGCAGCAACUGAUCGAGAUCUGGGGACACGCCUGUGCCAUGGCCAUCACCAAGGCCUUCCCGCUGCCGUCCCUGCCGCGGAAGCAGCCCACGGUGCUGGUGGUGUGUGGCCCGGCGCAGAACGGGGCCAUCGGGCUGGUGUGCGCCCGGCACCUGCGGAUCUUUGACUAUGAACCCACCAUCUUCUACCCCAAACGCUCCCUGGACCCCCUGUACCGGGAUUUCACGACGCAGUGCGAGAAGAUGGACAUCCCCUUCCUCUCCUACCUCCCCACCGAGGUGCAGCUGAUCAAUGACGCCUACAACGCCGUGGUGGACGCCGUGCUGGGAGCCGAGGCGGAGGCGGGCGAGGGGAGGGAGCCCUGCGCCGCCAUCCUGGCCACCCUGAAGCACGUCCGCAUCCCCAUCGUCAGCCUGGACGUGCCCUCAGGGUGGGACGUGGAGGCCGGGAGCAGCGGCGGGAUCAGCCCCGAUGUCCUGGUGUCGCUGUCGGCGCCCAAGCAGUGCGCCCGCCGCUUCCUGGGCCGCCAGCACUUCGUGGCCGGUCGAUUCCUCCCCUACGACGUGCAGAAGAAGUUUGAGCUCAACCCACCCGAGUACCCCGGCACCGAGUGCGUGGUGGCCCUGCGAGCCCCCCGGGAAUAA